AUGGCUAUAGCUGACUUUGGUUCAACAUAUUUCUGUAUCAGAGAAGUAUCAUUUGAUUGCUGUAUUUAUUUAUCCAUGAUUAAGACAGCUCAUAGCGUUUCCAAUCUACGCUCUAAUUUGGAAUUAAGUCCAUGUGUGAUUAAACGUACACAAAGUUCUCAUUUCGUGCAGAUACUUGACGAAUCUAUGUGUGUUGUUCGUGAAGAUCUUACGGAAUGGUUACAACAUUAUUUAUUUUCAACGGCUAACGCAUGUCCCAUAGAAGCACAUUAUCUACUUUGUCGUUUAGCAUCAGGUCUGUGGCUUUCUAGACUAGCUUAUAAACUACAUUAUUCGAUUUUGGAAUCAAGUUAUCAAAUUGCAUUAAAAUCAAAAUCAACACAUAAUAAUAACAAUAAUAAUAAUGGUCGUUCAUAUGAAUUUCUGAGAGGUGCAGUGUCCAAUCGUGACUUGAAAAAUCUUACUCCAGUUUCAUUACCAUCAUUUCCCUCCACAUUAACUGAUUGUGCUAAACUACCACUUGGUCCGUCAGAUCUCUGUUCCUUUUCAUCACAACCUUCUACUCAUAAACGUAAUUCAAAUAUGUCAAAUUGUGAUAUGGAUUUUCCUAAAGAAAAUAUCUCAAUAAAAUCUCGAGUUGCUGAUCGUUGGAUAGCUCGUGAUAAUGUUAGUGCGUUUAUUAAAUGGUGCAAAGAUUUGGGUGUACCAGAAACAAUAUUAUUUGAAACAAAUGGAUUAAUGAAUAAGACCGAAGAGAAAAAUGUUUUGCUUACUCUAAUGGAGGUUGCACGUAUUGCAAGUCGUUACGGUCUCACUGAUCUACCGUACUUAGUUCGUAUGGAACGUGAAAUCGAUGAGUUGGAAGCAAAACAUUCACAAGAUCAAAGUGAAAUAAAUCGUUUAUACCAUGGUAGUAAUAAUAAUAAUAAUACAAAUCAUUUUACUACUCAUGCAGUGAUUAAUUUGGAAAGAAUUGAUAAUGAAAAAAUGGAUAAUUGUAAAUCUACUUCUAACUUAGAAAUAACUGUAAAUAAACGAAAAGCAAAAUCUCAGAAAUCUUCUAACUUCAAUACAAUUUCUGAUAAUCACACGAAUGAAAAUUCUAAUAAUUUUAAUACAGUUCUAAUUGAUUCACAUUCUGAAAGUCAAUUUAUGAACAAUAGGAAUGGUGAUAAUUCUGUACAAACAUCUACUGAUAAUCAAGAUAUUUCUUGUGAUUGUAAUGUAUCAUUGUUAUCAAAUCAUUGUUCACAAAAUGAUGCUUCAAAUAAUAAUAUUAUUAAUACCAUGUAUACCAAUUCACAUUCAAUGAAUAUACUCGAUGUAUAUAAUAAGAAUCAAUGUGAUCUUUGUCGAAAUGGUUCUUCUCAAGUUGAUAAUCCGAUUAGUAAUAAUCAGAACUCUACUUGUCAUCAUCACGCAUUAUUUGAAAUAAACAAUUCAGAAAAUUCAAAUUCUGCUAAACGUUCAAGAGCUUUGAAUGGCUCUCUUAUAUCCUUAGAAGAUAAUAAUGAUGGUCUGAGCAAGGUAGUUACAGACCAAUUUGUGCAACAACAAGUGGUUGGUAAAUGUUCACCUUAUGUUACCAAAAGAAAAAGACAACAAACAUUGUAUAAUCUAGAUCUCCAUUUACCGAUAAUUGAGGUAACACCAGUCAAAAUUACAAAAACAGUAAAUAUUUUAUCAUCUGCUAUAAAUUCAAAUAAUUGGUGUAAUGACCACUUAUCGUCAACUAAUAUCGAUUCAACUAAUAAUUGUGUAUCAUCUCUGAGUUCAUUUGAUCUACUAAACAGUCCUGUUACUAAUUCUUUAAGUAUUUUACAAGUUGAAUCACCUAAACUGAAAAUAAUGAAUAGAAAAUCGGACUUGAAAAAUUUACCAAAUAUUAAGAUUAAUACUCCAUCGAUACUUAGUGUACCACUUAUGGAUUGUUUAAUUUAUAAUGAGAAUUAUCAAGAUCCAAUGUCGAUUGAUCCUUCCACAAUAUCAUCUGAUGAUUGUCUGAUUGAUAAUCAGGUGAAUAGGAAGUUGGCCCAAUGUACAUGUUGUAAUAAAUUGCAUAUGCAGCGUUUAGAAGAAGGUCGAUAUAAGCUAGGUUCACGUAUUUAUUACUUACGCAGAUUUCGUAAUCACGUCAUGGUUCGAGUUGGUGGGGGUUGGCUAACAUUAGAUGAGUUCUUGCAUCGUCAUGAUCCGUGUAGACGAGGAGGUCACUCAUUUAAUAUGGAACCAGCAGUUGUAACUAAUGAUAUCCCUCCCAUCAAGUCAUGUUUUAAUGUCCCUAAACCAAUUCGUCGACAUUCCGAAUUUGAACCUCCACCUGUUUCACAGAUCAAUUCCAUGAGUAAUUUCAGCAGGCAGUGGUCUUGUGGUAGUAACAGUAGUAUGGAAAGUCCGAGAAGUGAUUCCAGUAUGAUUGACACUGGAAUAGUUAGCGAGAUUUCCAGUGGAGGAAGCAUUUCUCAAGCAUCUUCUUCAUUAAACUCCAUUAAACAAAAACAAGAAAGACCAAAAACAACCGCUCGUCUUACCAUACCAAAGGCUCCAAAUCUUAGGACGGCUUCACGGUCUCGUGAUACGUCUAAGAAAAAUUCAGAUUCUGGGAAGAAAAUUUCAGAUAUUGCUACUGCUGUUACACAUUCUCGUGCCUCUUCGGCAAAGCGGACAAUUGUUCCAGUAAAUAAUACAACAAAUUUUCGAACACCAUCACAGCCCCGUAAUCUUUCAUCAAAACAUGAAGACUCUGUAUCAAGAGCUUUAAAUAUCCGAAAACUUUCAAAAUCGCGUGAAUCCUCCGCUAAAGGUGAAGAAUCCACACUGACAAAUUGUCGCGCGGAUUCUACAACUCGUCGGACUCUUUGGAGAAAUUAA